GACCCGGACGUCAAGGUGCUCUUGCUGCACGCGGGCACCGCGGCGGCGGGGUUGACGCUGACGCAGGCGGACCUCGUGAUCCUUCUCGAGCCGUUUCUCUCGCCGGGAGACGAGGCCCAGGCGGCGAACCGGGUGCAUCGGAUCGGGCAGACGCGGCCGGUGCGGUGCGUGACGUAUUACGUCUCGGAUACGGUCGAGGAACGGUUGCUCGCGUACCGCGCGCGACAGAGCGAGUUUGGCGGC